AUGGUGUACAUUCUUUUGCCACUUUCUCUUUUCCUCCUCAUCACUGUCACAAUCCUCUUCUUCACAAGGGCAUACUGGAGUCACCACGUAUCCGACCUUCCCAUCCCGGGCCGCGACUACCUCUACUCCCGCCUUCCAUCAUCCUUUACCGGCGACAUUGAGGCCGGUCUCUCGAGCAGUACUUUUGAUCUCAGCACCAAUGUUGAGGCGGGCGACAGUCGCGCUGGGCUCGACAAUGCAAGCAAGAAGGAGAUUCUCAAGAUUAUGAAGAAGCGGCGCAUGAACUUUGACCAGGCGCGGGGCGUCUACAUGCAGAACCGAUUCAAGGCGAACGGCAUCGGUCCCGACGGUCGUCCGCUUGAUCCCAAGGCUGUGACUUUCAGUUGA